AUGGAUGCUGAAUUGAUGGCAACUCUCGACAGCAUCGCCAGUAAAGAUGGCGUACAAGGUGUUCUCAUUGCAGACGACAUGGGUCUGUGCUUGGGAGCGCGUGGAAUUGCAAAGCCUGCUGCAUCUGCUUUUGUCGCUUCUAUUGCCAAUACCGCCCUUGAGCUCAGCGACAGAGGAGAAACAGAAGACAAGUCUCAAUACCCAACCAUUCACAUCGAAUAUGAGCAUCAUAAGUUAAUCAUUCGUAAUGAAGGUGCUUUUACACUUGCGAUCUUCACCUAA